UUGCAUCACUGUCGUCAAAAAUGGGAAUGGCGACAGAAAAACAGCUUUGUGAGGUAGAAAAGAAUAAUAGAAGGCACAGAGGUGAAAUAACGAAGUCUUAAACAGCAAACUUCUAGAUUUAGCCCUUCCUUCACUGACUUCCAACAUAGUAGAGCUGGUGUGAAGUGUGGUACCUUCAAUGUCAAGGUGUUUGCUCAAAGAAGAACAUCAAUUUUAAAAUGUGCUCGUACGUUAAACAAGUAGUUUUUGUCUUACUAACAAUUUAUAUAACUGUUCAGUGUGCCCCUUUAAACGUUGAAGUUAUUGAGGACCCAAGAGAGCUGGAGAGUAUUAGGGCAGAUAUUAUUCUUGGAAAACAAAUUUAUGAAAGCAUAACAAGUUGCUUCAACUGUCGUUCAGCCCAAUAUGUAAAAAUGGACAGUCAUAAGGAACAAGCAUUAUCAAUGUACAAAUUUUAUUCAAAGUCUUGGAGGCAAAGAAAUGGUGGAAACGUCAUUUGCUUCCCUGUUAACAGAUGUGUGAACAUCAGUGAUAUUGGCAUCCAUCCUUAAAUAUUAAUAAUUCCAUUUUUAAUAUUGUAUUGAUAAUAAUUUUUAGAUUAUAUACUUAUUUAUUAAAACUAUUUAAAGUGUAAGCUCACAAUAAAGUAUCUUAAAAUAGUAAAUUUAUUUAAAUAAUUUAUUCUAUUUCAAUGUUGAUGGUGUCAA